AUGGAUACCGCAUCCAAUAAUUAUGUCACACAACCGGAGAAGUUCAAAGUUGCACCAUUUCCUUUCUUCCUCUGUGAAUACUGCCAAAAAAUUUCAGAUACUUGCUAUUUUUGCUACAAUAGACCGUGCAAUUUUAUAAGGAAACUACAGCAGUUUCAGCUCUACAAUCAGCCAAACGGUUUUACUAUCGACAAUGUGGUCUACCACUGCGAUAACGACUAUAUAUAUGAGGAAAACGUUGAUAACAAAGACAGAAUAUAUGACCCUCAAAUCACUAGAUGCAAGAUUGAAGAUGAGUUCGUUAACGGCAAAAAGACGAAAAAGGAUCACCCCGGAUUCUGCAAAUACUGCACCAUGUAUGAUGAAAAUUGGGACUCCAAUUUUUACGAAAGGAAUAAUUCUAGGUACAGAGGCCACAUGAUAAACACUCAUGGUAUUCAUCCCAACGGAGCUAUCUGCAAAAUGCCUGACACUGGCUACUUUUGUUACAAGUGGGUACGAAAUCAUUGGUUUGAAACAAGUGGCUUUUUCUGCCCGUAUCCAAACUGCAAUGCAGCCUUCGCUAUAGGCGAAAAAGGCCACGGAUUUCACGAGUACCUACGACAUUGGAGCAAGGUUCAUGUCAAACUGGAACCUCAGAGCAUAAUGCUGCCAACCAUCUGA